CGUGCUCAUCUGCAGACCUCUUUUGUCGUGCGAAAAUCCAAUUUUGAAAGUGUGGCACACAAUCUGACUACUGUGUCCGCCAGUGUGCUCCACCGUUUGGCAGCACAGCUCGAACAAGAAUGCAAGCUGUCAGGUCUUACCACAGAUGAGCAGAACACCCUUAAGCUUCUAUGUCAGGUCAACACCAUGUCCGCUCGCAUUCCUGGGUCACAAGCUGCAAAGGUAUAUGUGCGUAACGAGAUGCGCAACUACUACGGCUACUUUGGCUUACCGCAUGUUUUUUUGACCUUCAAUCCCAGCGCUGCCCACAGUCCGAUCUUUCAGGUGAUGUAUGGGGACCAUUCCGUGGACUUGAGCGAACACUUUCCACGUAUGCCAGCUGGCCGUGUGCGUGCUUUGCGGUUAGCUCAAGACCCUGUGGCAGCUGCAGACUUUUACGAGUUUUCUUUUAAGUGCCUGUUUCGUUUCUUGUUGGGCUGGGACUUUGAACAGGAGCAAUCAAUAAAGGAUGGUGGUAUUCUGGGGCAUAUUCGAGCAUUCUAUGGCACCACUGAG